UAACAAAAAUGAUUUGUACUCAUCAAAUUGUAAACAACAACAAAUAUUACAAAAUAUUACAAAAUGGACAUAAUUAAUGAUUUAAUCAAUUCGAUUGGUCGUACCGGUUUUUUCAUUAUUUUAAUAUCAGUGUUAUAUUGGUACAUCCGAACAACAUACAGUUAUUGGAGUAGUAGAGGUAUAAAUGGUCCACCAAUUGUACCAUUUUUGGGAAAUUUUUUUCUUCCUCACAAACCGAUUGCAUUGUUACAUCAGAAUUAUAUUCGAAGAUAUGGAAAAUUUUUUGGUAUGUAUCAAGGACGAAAACCAAUCCUAUGCAUUGCCGAUCCUGUCAUUAUCAAACGAAUUUUGGUACAAGAUUUUCCAAUGUUUCGAAAUCGAAUUAAACAAACAGUUAGACAUAAAAUUUUUGCACAAAAUCUAGUCAAUGCACGUGAUGAGGCAUGGAAACGCAUUCGAUCAAUAUUAUCACCGAUGUUUACAAGUUCAAAAAUGAAAAAAAUGGAAUCUAUGAUUGAUCAAUGUGCCGAUUCGAUGAUUCAUGUGCUGGAUAAUUUUGCCAAAAAACAAGAAUCAUUUCUCGUACAUAAUGUUAUGGGAAAUUUUACGAUGGAUGUUAUUGCUAAAUGUGCCUUUGCAACGGAUACUAACGCUCACAAUGAUAAGGAGAAUAUUUUUGUAAAAAAUGCAAGAUCGUUUUUCAAUUUCAAUAUAUUUCGAAUGUCUUUGCUCACAUUUACUCCAUCUGUCUUGAUACAAUUUUUUGCUAGAUCCAAAAUACCACCAUAUCAUUCAAAAACUACAGAUUUUUUUAUGGAUAUGUCAUCACAUGUUAUUCAACAAAGACGUAAAAAUGAAUCAAAACAACAUGAAGAUAUGCUAGAAUUGAUGAUUAGAGCUGAACAUGGUAAAGAUAAAAGUUUUGAAAAAGAUGAUAAAUUCGAUUCACAUCACGUUAAUCAAGAUGAAGAAGAAAUACAGCAAGAGAAAAAGAUUUUUCAAGAAAUUAUUGGAUCAAAAUUUCUAAAUGAAGAAGAAAUCAUAGCACAGUCUAUGAUUUUUCUUCUAGCUGGUUACGAAACAACAGCAUCAACCCUGACAUUUUGCAUAUAUGAAUUGGCUAAACAUCCAGAAGUACAGAAUAAACUUUAUGAUGAGAUUAAAACUAUCGGUGAUUCCUUGGAUCUGAAUAAUUUGAUGAAAUUACCAUAUUUGGAUGCAGUCAUUUCGGAAACAUUACGCAAACAUCCACCUGCUUUGGCUUUAGGACGAGAAGCAAUGGAAGAAUAUCAUAUACCAGAAUAUAAUUUUACGAUAGAAAAAAAUCAGGCCUUAAUUAUACCGGUAUAUGCUAUUCAUCAUGAUCCACAAUAUUAUCCUGAUCCAGAAACAUUUAAUCCGGAUCGUUUUCUACCUGAAAAUCGUCAAAACAUUAUACCUUAUACUUAUCUACCGUUUGGUGGUGGACCAAGAAAUUGUAUCGGAAUGAGAUUUGCAUUAUCCGAAGCAAAAUUAGGUUUAGCUAAUAUACUCAAAAAUUUUAUUAUUGUAUCCACGGAUAAAACCUGUGACAAAUUAAAUGUGGAAAAAAGUUUUUUCCUUAUGAAAACCACACCCAUUUAUGUGGGAGUAAAGAAACGAACUUAAAUGCCAUCUAUUAUCA